UCGAAAAUUGUAGGCGUAAAACGCAGAUUAGAUAUUUCUUUGUCGGUCAGAGAAAUAUAUUUUAAAUCUCAUUUCAAUUAAUCAGUCUCAUUCUCUCUGUCAUUAUUGGUAUAUUGGCUACCGUUGCGCGGCAAAGAUGCCUAAUCUAACCAAUUUAUCCCAUUUUCCUUUAAAGAUUAUAUUUGCCAUUCACUUGCUACUUGUAUCAUGGGGUAUGCAAGGGAAUUGGUGUCCCAAAUCUGUACUGUUCUAUAACUUGCUAUUCUUUGUUUGUAUAUUUUGGGCUGUUCAUAAUGUUGAAUCUGAUGAACCAUUGCAAUUUGCAUUUUUCAUAAAUGUAUUCUCUAUAUUUCUUGAUGUUAUCGUAUUAGCGCUCUAUUAUCCAAGUAUGAUCACAGAUGGGUCUGAAAAAUUUAGCGCAGCUGUUAUGAUCAUAAACUUAAUCGUUCGUCCUAUCUCGAGUAUAUAUCUGUUGAGAAUAGGCCAAGGAAGAAAUGGCAACUUAGCUACAGUAUUCGCACCAAGUCCUGCCAUGGGUUACGGCAGGCAAGAGUACGAAGAAAUUUCUCAUCCCGUCCCACAAAACUCCGAUUUCGAGGGAGUUUAAGAUUGAAUAGAGUUUGUUUGAAAAAUUUUUUUUAUCCUGUUUUAAUUCUGCUGGUCU